AUGCAAUUAGCACUAUUCUUGACCGUGGACUACCUGGACUUGACCGGUGACAUAUACCGACUCGGUCUCGUCAACAAAGCGCUGUACAACCUACCACAAGACCCUCUAUACAGACGACUCCUCCAACCCGGUAGCAGCCGUCACAAUGGCACCGUUCUGCAUGUCGCAGCGCACGAAAACCACUUACCCCUCGAUCAGCGUCUCGUCGGGCGAGGGGGAAGCCUCCAGAAACCCAACGACAUCGGCCGAAGUCCACUCCACUACGCCGUCGUCCGGAAACAUAAGGACAUCUGUCGCUGGUUAGCCACCACCGAUCCAGCGACCCUUGAACAGCGCAACGGGCAGGGUGCAACCCCGCUCCUGAUGGCUGCGGAAGCACGCGAAUGGGAUCUCUGUCGUGUGUUGAUUGACUGUGGCGCUGACGUUAAUGCUGCUGGGUCCAGUCACCGCUGGAUCUGUCUGCAUUACGCUGCGAGAGAAGGUCAGCGGGAAGUAGUCAGCUUAUCCUCAGCCAUGGAGGGGACUUGGGAGUAG